AUGAACGAUAACACGCCCAUCAAAGUUUUAGAAUACGGAAGGCUUCAAGAUUAUGAUGUAAAUCCAUCAAGAAUUGGAUUUAAAUGGGUAACGAUGGAAUCCGAAAAGUUUAUAUGCAUUUGUGAAAAAAAUCGAUUAUUAAUAAUAGAUCGAUCAGAAUCAAAUAAUCUUAUUCAAAGACCAUUUAAAGUGGACGCUGCUAUUAUGCAUCCUAGAAGUAAAAUUGUUGCGUUGAGAGAUAUAGUAUUCUGGAAAUGGGUGAACGUAAAGAAAUUAUGUGUGAUAACCGAGAAUUCGGUUUAUCAUUGGUUAUUGGAUGGAAUUUCAUCACCCAAAAAAAUAUUUGAUAGAAAUUUGGAAAUGAAGAAUUGUGAUGAAAUUAUAAAUUAUCAUGUGGAUGCUGAAGAGAGGUGGAUGUUUAUUGUUGGAACUAUUCAACUUCAUAAGAAAGAGACUAACAAAGAUAAUAUAAUAAAAGGUCAUGCAGCAACAUUUACAUCAUUAAAAAUGGAACACGGAAUAUAUCCUACUAAAUUUUUUAUUUAUAGUGUACGAAAUCAAGAUUCAUCAAAGCUCCACAUAAUAGAAAUCGAUCAUAAGGAAGAAAAUCCCGUGAUAGCAGAAAAAGCCGUAGAUGUUUUCUAUUCAUCAGAAAAUGUUAAUGAUUUUCCUAUAUCAAUACAAGUUAGCAAGAAAUAUUAUAUCAUUUUCUUGUUAACAAAAAAUGGAUAUAUUCAAUUAUUUGAUUUAGAAACUGGAAUGUGUAUUUAUGUAUCAAGAGUUAGUCCGACCACCAUUUUUACUUCGGUACCGGAAGAAAUUGAUGGUGGAAUUGUUGGAGUAAAUCGAUCGGGGCAGAUAUUAUCUAUUGAUAUCGAUGAAACAAAUAUAAUUACAUAUAUCCUUGAUAAUUUAAAUGAUCGAUCUCUGGCUAUUCGAUUGGCAAAGAGAAAUGAUUUACCAGGUAUUGAAGAUAUAUGUUCAGAUGAUACAGACAUUUCUGGUGAAAUAAUUUUGUAG